CGCUGUCAGGAAGUUUUAUUUUCAAACCUCCCGCUAAAUCUGCGCCAUGAAUUUCGACACCGCCCGGACGAGCCGUAAACAGCGGUCUCCAUGGAAACCCCGUGACAACAAACCUUUCCGCAGUUGAUGCAAGUUUUUCAGAAACAUGACGAAAGAUUGCGACUACAGCAAAUACGAUCUAUCGCGGCUGCAGGCAGAACUUGAGCAAGAGAGGGAGAUGAAAGAAAUGCUCGAAGAGUCGGUGUCUGAUCUGCGGAGCACCAUGUGUGAACUACAGGAAAGACUGCACAGUGUUGAUGGAGAAGGAAAUGAGUGGAAGACGAGGUAUGAGACCCAGGUAGAGCUAAAUGGACAGCUGGAAAGACAGAUCUCACUUACUCACGAGAGACUGGAGGACAUACGAGGAAACCCGAUGGAUCGACUCGCCUCCAUCCGAUCAUAUGAUGACAUGCCAGUAGAAACGCUGAGGCAGCGUCUGAAGUUUCUGACUGAAGAGAAGUCUGACCUCCAGAGUCAGCUGAUGGACUGUCAUCUUCAGAUUGAACAAGAGGGAAAGGCAUUUCAUAAAACCAAUGAUGAGAGGAGAGCAUACCUUUCAGAAAUUGCUAAGAUGUCUUCUACCCAUGGAGCCCAAAGAAGGCAGUACUCUACUCAGCCACAGAGGGCGCCGGAGAGCAAACACAUGAGAGGGAAGCGGGCCAGCAGGAAGGCAGAGGCUGAUUCUAAGAAAGGAAAAGAGGGAGAAGAAGAUGGAGGAGUGCGUGUGAAAGGAGGAGGUGGUGGUGGAGCAACAACAGAGAGAAGAGAAGAAAAGAAAUGCCAAAGAGAAAGCAGGUUACCCACCCUAAAGCACUAUGUGAAGCAUUAUCCUUAACUCAAAACUGGUGUUUCUGAAAAGAGGUAAUGGUCCUCUCUGUUCGAAUGAUUAAACCGAUGUGUCUCCAAUCUUCUCAUGGCUCAAAAGCUGAUUACAUUGUAUUGGAAAUAUUUUUACAUUUGAUGGCAAAUACAGUAUUAAACUGAUCUCAUAGUAUAAAAUGCUA